UUAUGUUCCACGUAUGACAGACCAACAUAGCCUUAAAAUCGUGUAAAAGAUAUUUUAUCUGUGCAUUUAAAAGCUUAAUUUUAAUCAUAAUUAAUUAAUUAUUACAAAAGCAAAUAAUCAUCAUGGUGUCGGUGCUAAAUACUGUUGAUACUGGUCAUGAAGACAUGAUUCAUGAUGCAGAGAUGGAUUAUUAUGGUUUAAGAUUAGCAACAUGUUCCAGUGACAAUUCAGUAAAAGUUUUUGAUUUAAAAAAUGGAUCACAAAGUUUGGUAGCAGAUUUGAAAGGUCAUGAAGGACCUGUAUGGCAAGUUGCUUGGGCACAUCCUAGAUUUGGAAAUAUCAUAGCAUCUUGUAGUUAUGACCGGAAAGUCAUUAUUUGGAAGGAACUUGGAGAAUGGACAAAAAUUCAUGAGCAUAAAAGUCACGACUCAUCAGUGAAUUCAGUUGCUUGGGCACCUCAUGAAUUUGGUUUAAUUUUAGCUUGUGGUAGUUCAGAUGGUUCUAUAUCAAUUCUAACGGAUAAUGGAAACAAUUGGGACACUCAGAAAAUACCUAAUGCUCAUUCAAUCGGUUGCAAUGCUGUUAGUUGGUGUCCUGUUAUUGAACCAACAUUCGAUGCAUCUCAUCAAAGAACAGGUCCUGUGAAAAGACUCGCAACUGGUGGUUGUGAUAAUUUAGUAAAGAUCUGGAGGGAAGAAGGUGACAGAUGGAUUGAAGAAAGUAAAUUGGAAGCUCAUAGUGAUUGGGUAAGAGACGUUGCAUGGGCUCCUGCUGUUGGAUCUCCACGUGCUGCUUUGGCUUCUUGUUCUCAAGACAGAAGAGUUGUUGUCUGGACAUCAACCGAUUACGCUAGUUGGACACCUAAUGUUCUUAACGUUUUUGAUGACGUGAUUUGGAAUGUUAGUUGGUCAUUAACGGGUGGUAUUUUGGCAGUAAGUGGAGGAGAUAACAAAGUUUCGUUAUGGCGAGAAAAUUCUGAGGGUCAGUGGGCUUGUAUUUCUGAACUGAAUAAGGGACAAGGAAAUCUUAACAAUACCGAUCAACGAGUUCUUUAGUUAUAUAAUAAAUCAAACUAGCGUAUUAUACCAAUUUUUUAUAAAUAUAUAAUAUGAGUUAGAAUAA